AUGGAACUUACCUCCCAAAAAAUUCCUUAUGAAAUAUUAGGUUCUUUUAAAUUUAUUGAGCGGGAGGAAAUUAAAGAUGUUUUGGCUUUUUGUCGAACCAUAAUUUACCAAGAUAAUCUUGCUUUAUUGCGAGUGCUAGGCUUGCAAGAAAAAAUUGGAAUCCGUACCAUUGAAAAAAUUGAAAAAAGUAGCGAGGAAGAGGGAAUAAGUAUAUACAGUUAUCUUAAUAAGUCUGCUCCGGUUGCCAGUUCAAGCCAGGACAAAUUAGCCACCCCCACUCAAUUAGAAAAAAUUAAUGAAGUUAUUCAAAAAAUUAAUAACCACCAAACAAAAGCAUUUAAAAACCAGAAAAAUAAGCGUCGUAAGGAAUAUUCUAAUUUAGACGAAUUGCUAAAUAAUUUUUUACAAUGGCUGAUAAUCGCUUUCGAAGAUAAAAAAUUAAUUAAAACCCGUAAUAACCUUAUUCUUUCCUCGGUUCACCAAGCCAAAGGUUUAGAAUUUGAGGUGGUAUUUUUUGUUUAUCUAGACCGCGGAACUUUACCUUAUCGGGAAACCCAAGACAUUACCGAAGAAAGAAGGUUAUUUUAUGUUGGAAUUACCCGAGCCAAAAAAUUUCUCUAUUUAGUUAGUACCCCUCAAACGGAAACUAAAAAACUCACUUCGGUCAGAAUAGUCCACCAACUCCAAACUCACCUAACCAGCCAAAAGAGCCAGUUAAGUAAAUUAAAAACUACUGCUCAGAGCCAAACCGCUCUUUUAGCCGAUAAAUCUUAUACUGAUACGCUUACGCCUACUAAAUUGGCUGAAUUACAGCAAGCAUUAAAUACUAAUAAACAAAAAGUUUUCCAAUUAGAAACCCGUAUAAAUAAUUUAGAAAAGCAAUUAAAAAAUUUGGCUAGCCAACCCAAUUUAGAGCAAACCAAACUAAUCCAGCAAUUAGAGCAAGAAAGCAAAGCCAUUAGUAAUAGUUUAGGAAUACCCUUUCCUCCCUUACCCAAACCCGAUACUCCUACUCCACCGGAAGAACCCAACCCUCAGCCUUCCCCAACCCCACCACCGGAAAAUCCUACUCCACAACCGCCCCAAUCCCCUCCACCAACACCGCCGAAUAAUAACCCUCUCGCUCAAACUAAAAAAGAAGCCUUAGAAAAAAUAGAUAAUCCAACUGCGGAAGAAAAGCAAAAAAUUAAUCAGGCAGAUAGUUCACCAAAAGUAAUGAAAGAGUUAUCUGGGAUUUUAAGAGAAAGAAUAUUAAGCGACAUUUCAGAGUGGUGUAUUUUCUUUGCUGAUGAUAGAGGGGUAAUAAUAGAUGCUGAUACAAUGGGGUUAAUUGUUUAUGAAAAAGGGAUUUUUGAAGAAAGUGAUUACCGGCAGAUAAGGCAAGCAUUCAUUCAGGAAAUUAUAGAUAAUCCAAGUCAAUGA